CAUCGAGUUUUUGUUGCUCGAGGUUUUGUUGAUCGAUCGAAUUGCUGCCGAUUUCUCGCUGAGCCUUCCCAGAAGUUGCUACAACUUUAAAUUAAAGCAUUCAAACAUUCUUUAAAAGAUGUUCCUUACCCGGUCCGAGUACGAUCGAGGCGUAAACACCUUCUCGCCGGAAGGCCGCCUGUUCCAGGUGGAAUAUGCGAUUGAAGCCAUCAAAUUCGGUUCCACUGCCAUCGGAAUAUGUACGCCGGAAGGAGUGGUGAUGGCGGUGGAGAAACGGAUCACCUCAUCGUUGAUGGAACCGUCGAAAGUGGAGAAGAUCGUGGAGGUCGAUCGUCACAUUGGCUGUGCUACGUCCGGGCUUAUGGCCGAUUCGCGAACGCUCCUGGAUCGGGCACGGCUCGAGUGCCAGAAUCAUUGGUUCGUGUACAACGAGCGCAUGUCGGUGGAGUCCUGUGCACAGGCUGUGUCCAACCUGGCGAUUCAGUUUGGCGAUGGUGAUGAAGAUUCGGCCAUGAGCCGACCGUUCGGUGUGGCCAUCCUAUUCGGUGGCAUCGAGAAUGGAGAACCACAGCUCUGGCAUAUGGAUCCCUCGGGGACGUACAUACGGUUCGAUGCGAAAGCCAUUGGUUCCGGCAGUGAAGGAGCACAGCAGAACCUGCAGGACUGCUAUUUGCCCACAAUGACCAUCAAGGAGGCAAUCAACCUGGCCCUCAGCACACUGAAGCAAGUGAUGGAAGAAAAGCUGAACUCGACGAACGUCGAGGUGAUGACGAUGACUCCCGACAAGUUGUUCCGCAUGUUCACCAAGGAAGAGGUCGAGGAGUACAUCAACAGCAUGAGCUAGAUCUAGACCACCAUCGGUGUCAUUUGCUUUAGCGCUUCACAAUCAUCCGUUUAGCGCCAUCCCUUUUUCUUAUUUCAUUUGGCUUUUUAUCUUAUGGAUCGAUAACGGUGUACUGGUUUCAUUGUUUUGCUCGGUCACCGGAACACGCAGGAUUCAUAAUUCAUUGUCACCGUGUGCCGAGCGGGGGAGCGCUCGAUUUGAGAAAAAUGUCGUUCGUGCGACAGCCUGAAGGAUGAAUAAAUCUUGGAUAAGAAGUAAAAAGGA